AUGACGGGCAUCGAGCGCUACGGGUCCUCAGGUGCACAUACAGUGGAGGGUAACGUGGCUGGAUCAAUCGCUGCAAAGCUGACAAAGCAGCGUGAGAAACAGCAGAAAGAGUAUGAGGAUAAGAGACAGGAUAUAAAGAAGAUCAACCGUCGAGGAACUCGCAUUGACGCGAAUUUUCAGUCGCACCAGGACGACGACGAGAGCGAGUUCAAGCGCCAAACAGUGGGACUUGUGACAGCUGAAGAGUUUCGACAGAAGCGCAAGGAUUUACAGAACCGGAAAAGCGCGUCUGUUGACUUGCAACCAGAGGAGCAGCAGCAGACGGAGCUAAAGACGACGAAGAAGAAGAAGCGGGAAAAGAAAAAGAUGGGGCUAUUAUCGUUCGAUUUAGGCGGUGAAGAUGAAGCGGAGGAGGAACUUGUGCAGUCAAAACGUGCAAAGAAGAGUAUAAAGAAUCCUUAUGUGGAGACGGACUUUUUACCAGACAAAGAACGAGAGAAGGAGGAGGCUCGCGAACGUCAGCGACUCCGUGUAGAGUGGGAAGCAGAGCAAGAAGUGAUUAAAAAUGAAAAUGUUGCAGUGACCUACAGCUACUGGGAUGGUUCAGGGCACCGGCGGGAGAUCACGGUUCCAAAGAAGACGACGAUUGGCAAGUAUCUGGAGCUUGUGAAGCAGCAACUAGUUUCCGAAUUCGCAGAGCUGCGCGGUGUCAGUGCAGAGAAUCUGAUCUACAUUAAGGAGGAUCUCAUUAUCCCCCACCAUUAUUCAUUUUAUGAUUUGAUUGUAACAAAAGCGCGCGGGAAGAGUGGACCGCUCUUCCACUUUGACGUACAUGACGAUGUUCGUCUCCUACAAGACCGACGCGUUGAAAAAGAUGAGUCACAUCCAGGCAAAGUGGUGGAUCGUCAUUGGUACGAAAAGAACAAGCACAUUUUUCCUGCUAGUCGGUGGGAAGUGUAUGAUCCUAGCGUUAUCCGCGAGAAGUAUACUAUCCAUGGCGACUAA